AUGGCUUCCUCUGGGAAUGAGGUAGAAAGAUGGACUCACAGGCAAGGCAGCAGACUUGAAGAGCUGGUAGAACCUCUGACCUCUCCUGAAAACGGUAACCGCCUUUCACCAGUGAAGUCGCUCAGUGGCGUAGACCAUCUCUUGCACCUCCCUGGAAGAGCAGACUCUGCUUACAGCUCUUUCUCAGGAGGAUCAAAUGUUCCCGAGUAUCCCAUCCCAUCAUGCUAUGGUGAAAACUGCUGUUUGCCCCCAGAGCAGGGACCCUACAUGGACUCAGAGUAUGUGAGAGGUAUUUAUAAUCUCAGUGCGGCGAACUCUGACCUCGGGUGCCUGCAUCCAUCCAGGGCACCAGACCUGAGCAUCCAUGAUAGCUCUCCCAGCACCAGCCUCGCUGAACGCUGUGGAAGCACUCCUACCCGAGGGACUUCAAAUCAGGGACCGCUGCCUCCGGCGGCACCUCCGCCUUCUCCUUCCACGCGACUCGAUAGCUAUAAAGUCAUGAGACACCUUGAAAACUCAAGAGGGAGGCGCAACUCGGCAAGUCACAGCGAGUGCAGUGUGCAGCUGGCUCCUGGCGUGCGGGGCGAUCCGCUAGCAGGUAGGGAUGUACCAUGGAGUCAACACAGGGGUGAAGUUACAGAGCAGGAUAUAGCGGCUGCUCGGGGAAAGACUCUGGAAAACAAGGGCCUUUCUUCUGAUUCUAAGGAUGAGGUAUCCAUAUUAAAAAUUCAGGGGUUAAAGAUGGAGGAAAACGGAGAGUGGAGCCCAUCCCAACAACUUAUAAAGAGAGGCAAUCCACACAUUUUCAGCAGACCUUCUUCAUUCAUUUUUCAAGAAUAUUUAAAGACUGACUCUGUGGCUAAUGUCCCGAAAAUACUUUCGGUUUAUAAUUCAGUUCAUGCUUAUAAAACUCCUGAAGAGAUGAACUCCAAGUCCUGUCUCCCAGCACAGACCACCCCCAGCACCGUUCAUGAAGACAAACAGUACCCCUGCGGUGGACGCAAGCCAACGUUCAGAGAAGCGGCUCUGCAAAGCGCGAUGCCAGAACCCGGCCAACGAAAAGGCUCCUUGCCCCGCGCUCAGUGCCCGCUCCGGGCCGAGCUGCACUCAGACAUGGAUCAAGAUGUGUUUGAGGACAGUUGUGACUCAAAAUAUAUGGAAAAUGCUUUUCCACUUAAAAAUGCUUCCAGGAAGCUGAACAGUUGUACAGACAAAAAUCAGUGCUACGACUCUGAAGGAAAAAUUGGGGGUGAUGUUAGGGAACCAGUUCUGAAUCAGCAAGCCAAAAUGCAGAAAUCAUUGCCGUCCCGCAGCUACGAUGCUCAAUGCUGUGAUAAUCCUAGCCAAAUGGCUUUUUUCAGACCAAAGGAAGGUUCCCCAUCUCAGUUUUUGCAGGAAGUCAAGAAAGAAAAACAAGCGAAUACCAGCAGUCCUGACCUUCGUGCAAAUCUAGAACAAGAGGAACCUCCUGUUCCUUGUCAGAAACAUCAACCUGAAUUUCAAAACCAGCUCUUAAGACAGCUUCAGGAUGAUCUUGCUGGUGAACAAAUAACCAGGCAGACAACUCCCAUGCUUUAUUAUCUUUCUGGGGGGAAAACCACCAACAUCCUGCACCACAACAGGCUCACCCAAUGUCAGGAGGACUCGAGGAGCUCACUGAAGGAAUUUCCACCAAGCAGCUACUCUGCCUCAGCGCGGCAUCUAGAGAUGCAAAAGGAAAGCAAUCUGCUUCAAAGGACCAACCACCACCAUCAAUGUAGUGCUGGUGAUCUGCUUGAGGCUGAAGAUCUCAUCCUUGGGAGUUCUGCUUCAUCCACAGAUGAGAGUUUCAAGAAUGACUACAGAGAGAGACUUAAAGUGGCUCAGAAAAAGGUUCUGAGAGAAACCUCCUUUAAAAGAAAAGACUUACAGAUGAGUUUGCCCGUUAGACUGAGACAGAAGCCCUCUAAAAGGCCGACAAUUGAACACCUUCGAUCUUUCUCAUUAUCCAGUGCAAGUGAGGAUGCCAAACCUGUUCCUUGUUCCCCUUCUCAUCUAGAAUCCUUGGAAAGUUUCAGCAGAGAUGAAGAAAUUAAAAAGCCACAAACAGGUCGAAUAGGGGGAAGGAAAAGGGUAACAAAGGAGCAAAAGAAACUCUGUUACUCUGAGCCUGAGAAACUCGAUCAGCUGGCAGAUAAGGAAGGAGCAUGGAGUCAAGUCAGGGAUGAAAUCCCUGAGGAAGAUACAGUGGCAGCUAGAAGAAAGACUCUGGAAAACAGAGGGAGGGCACUUUCCAGUUCAAGUAUCACCCGGAUGGAGCUGAAACAAAUCCAGCAUACUGCACUGGUCGAGUACAUGGAACGAAAGAUUAAUCAAAGACCAGGUAGUUCCCAACACCUCCCGCUGCAUAAGCCACCCCUGCAGAAGAGGCUGUCGCAUCCCAAAUGGCCUCCUGGCAAGAUUUCCAGUUUAAAUGGGAGCAGGAAAAUGCAAAACGAUGAGGUUUUCUGCCAGGUUUCCUCUAAAGAAAAAUCACCAGAUGUUUUUCCUCCUUUGGCUUUUGUUCCCCCACUGAGCAUGACCAGUGGGUAUGAGCCCAGCUCUGCUGCUGCUGGUGCAGUGACCUCGAAGCACGGCCUGGCUCCCAGCAAAGGAGACGGGAGCUGCACCGGCAAGUGUGCGUCGGCUGAAAGCCUCCUGCAGGCCGGUGAUCCGGCGCCUGGGAGAGCUCGCGAGAGGUCGAAAUCCACGCCUCCUUCCACACAGGACACUUACAGACAUGCUGGUGGGGCAGCGGCACCGUCUCGGCGUUGCGAGAGCUGUCUUGGCACCCCCAGUUUCCAUGAUCCUGAGAAAGACGGAUGCGAGAAUCAUGACUAUAAAGACAAUGACGUAACUGGAUGUGCCUGUUGUCAGGAUUGUAAGGAGCUGACGGCUGAAACCUCUAUUCCAGUCCCAAGGAGUGGAAGGAAGGAAGAUGCUCAGGUGGAGGAGGAAUGCAGAGUGGAAUCUCCAAAUGGCCAUGCUCUAAUGAAGUGUCCAGAGCAGCAGCCUGCCACUCCUCGGGAGCAAGUGACGUCCUGCCACGCAGCGUUAGCUCAGCCUCACCACGGAGACGAAAAUACAGCCAAAGGUUUAGUUGCAAAGGAAACAUCCGUGCACAACAGCCAAGAUGAUAUUCUCCCUGAGAGAGAGACAAACCUGACCAAAAGGAGACUGCAGUCUCCUGAAGACCAGCGAUAUGAAGAACUUGCUCUGGAGAUCGUUGCCAAAGACAAUUCUCUGGUGGAUAUUCUCAUGCCCCAUCCUAGUAGAAAAACUGCUUUAGACCUCAUGGAGGAUCUGUUUCCUGUUAACGUUUCCAUGCUGGGUAAAUCACACAGAAAAAAGGGAGACAUACAGCGUGUGCAGGAGCAUGACAGGAAAAGUAGUAGAGAUGCAACAGAAGAAUGUCCUGAAUCUGAACAGGAUGCCAAGCAAAGGAGUGAAGAUCCUACCUCUAAGGGAAACCAAGUCCUGAAUAGGAGCGGAGACAGCACAAACGACCUGGACGACAUCACGUCUAAGAAA